GACCGGAAGCGGAAAUAGGAAGCUUGGCGGGUUCGUCGAAGCUUUUGGCGCCACCAGCACACUUCACACAGAGAGUUGAGUGUGAGGAAGGAGCAGCAACAACCACAGACGAUCUUUUCUGACUUUGUCCUUAAAACUACUUCUUUGCGAACAUGAUGCAGCUGACUGAAGGAGCGAUUGAGGCUCUGUCCAAUGGAAAUGGUGGAAACGACUCAGUGCUGCAGUUAGUGAACAUUCGAAAGAUUGAAAGUGGAAGCGGUCCUCCUCGCUUUCGAGUGAUGAUGAGUGAUGGCCGACACACUAUGUCCUCGUUCAUGCUGUGCACGCAGCUCAACUGCAUGGCCGAGGACAACCAGCUGGCCCCCAACUGCAUCUGUCUGCUGAAGAGACAUGUCACCAACAUUCUGAAGGACGGGCGACGCGUGGUGAUCAUCCUGGAAGUGGAGGUCCUCAAGUCUGCCGCCGAAGUCAACAGUCGUAUCGGCGACCCCGUGCCUUACAGUGACGCUCAGCCUAAAGCCCCCCCGGCGCAGGCCGCCCCCCCCACCAGCCGCCCUCCGCUGCAGCCGCAAGCAGGAAAUAAUGUGAAUCGAGUAGUCGCUAAAGAAUUUGAGAAGAAGUCUGCAAUGCCCGGGACCCCAGGGGGUGCCUCCAAAGUCGUACCCAUUGCCAGCCUGAACCCGUACCUGUCAAAGUGGACCAUUCGUGCCCGUGUGACCAACAAGAGCAGCAUCCGCACAUGGAGCAACUCGCGCGGCGACGGCAAACUCUUCUCGAUGGAGAUUGUGGACGAGAGUGGCGAGAUAAGAAUGACCGGCUUCAACCAAGAGGUGGACAAGUUCUACAGUCUCGUUGAGGUUGGCAAGGUUUACUACGUGUCCAAGGGCUUCCUGAAGGUUGCCAACAAGCAGUACACCUCCGUGAAGAACGACUACGAGAUUACUUUAAAUGGAGAGACGUCCAUCGUUCCCUGCGAAGACAACUGCGACGUCCCCGUGAUGCAGUGUGACUUCAUCUCAAUCGCAGACUUGGAGAAAACCGAGAAGGACGCCACCGUGGAUGUGAUUGGUGUGUGCAAGAGCGUGGACGAGGUGACCCGCCUCACCACCAAGUCCAGCCGUGAAGUCUCCAAGAGGGCACUCAGCCUGAUGGACUCGUCCGGCAAAUUGGUGACUCUCACACUGUGGGGAGAAGACGCAGAGAAGUUUGACGGCUCCGCUCAGCCCAUUGUGGCCAUUAAGGGAGCAAAGGUCUCAGACUAUGGCGGCCGCUCGCUCUCCGCAUCCUACAGCAGCACCGUGAUGAUCAACCCAGACAUCCCUGCGGCGCACAAACUCCGAGGCUGGUACGACAAGGACGGCCAUACCAUAGACGGACAGUCCCUGUCAGACAUGAAGGGGAGCGGCGGCGGAAACACCAACUGGAAGAAUCUAUCCGACGUCAAGACGGAGCAGCUGGGACAUGGGAUGAAGGCGGACUACUACACGUGCAUCGCCACCAUCAUGUACCUGCGCAAGGAGAACUGCCUCUACCAGGCCUGUCCCAGCCAGGACUGCAACAAGAAAGUGGUGGACCAGCAAAAUGGAAUGUUCCGCUGCGAGAAGUGCGACAAAGAGUUUCCCAACUUCAAAUACCGCCUCAUCCUGUCUGCCAACAUUUCAGACUACAGAGACAACCAGUGGGUGACCUGCUUCCAAGAGAGCGCAGAGGCCAUUUUGGGCCAGAAUGCAGCUUAUCUGGGACAGCUCAGGGACUCGAAUGAAACCGCCUUUGAUGAAGUCUUCCAGCGAGCCAGCUUCAACACGUUUGUGUUCCGCAACAGAGUCAAGCUUGAAACGUAUAACGAUGAGUCCAGGAUCAAGGCCACGGUGUUGGACGUGAAGCCCGUGGACCACAAGGACUACAGCAGGAGGUUGAUCAUGAACAUCAGGAAAAUGGAAGCCAGCGUCUAACUUUUUGUACGUCAAUCAAGAGGUACUUUGUUUUUGGUUUUGUUUUACUUCCUGGUGUGUCCGCUCCUGGUGCUGGUGUGACAGUGAAGCUUGUUGGCCUCAGACCGAAGGCUUGGAGGAUUCCUGCUCUCUGACUCACCAGCACGUCUUUUUGAGAAGGUUGCAACACUCCUCAGUUCUCAGUUUGAGCCUCUUGACUUGUCCUUUCUUUCUGUUGUUGAUUUGCUGUGUAAGUUGUAUGAUAACGUGACUAAAAUAAAAACUUGUGUAGCUCA